GACCGAACUGCCGGGCGUCAGUUACAGGUGGCCGGGAGGGGUGACGGGGGCGCCUCCGCAGCGCUGGGUGCGGCGAGGGCGCCCGCGCCUCGGGAGCCUUAGGUGAAGACGCCAAGGAGAGCGCGAGACGUCGGCCGGGAGCUGCCUCGGCUCAGGUGCGCUUCUCCUUCCGGACGGGUCUCCGUCUCUUGAGUCUUUUACUUUCUGUCAAGGGUCGCGGUGGCCUAGGUGCGGCCGGCUGUUCCCCAGUCUCCUCAGGACGCCAGCAGGGUGCGGUGGAGGUGAGGCCGGACCCGCCCGGCGUGGCCCGUGGUCUCGGUGAAGACGCCUGAGCCCAGGCGAGUGUGGCCUCAAGCCUGCCCCUGCCCGCGCUGCUUCGCGAGCCCCAGGUGCUUUUCCGGGCGGGCGAGUGAGGGUAGAAAAUUGGACAAAAGUCCUCAUGCACCAUGUUCCAGAUAUAAUACAUAAUCCAUUUGCAAUAUAUCCUAUUUGUAUGCUUGCCUAACCACCUACCUCUGUUGAUAUUGGAAGUUUUCUGGUUAUUAGAAAUUGAAUGUAAUGGCAGCAGAAUUUAUAAAGAGUUGCUGUAGAGGAUGUUUCUAUGGUGAAACAGAAAAGCACAAGUUUUCUGUGGAAAGGGACUUUAAAGCAUCAGUCUCAAAUAGCCCAAACACCAUCUGUACACCUCCAUUAACUUCUGUUUCAGUAAAGCCCCAAAUUGGCUGUAGUGAGGAUUAUUUGCUUUCCAAAUUACCAUGCGAUGGCAAAGAAGUACCAUUUGUGGUGCCCAGGUUUAAAUUAUCUUAUAUUCAGCCUAGAACACAAGGAACUCCAUCACACCUGGAUGAACUAGAAGGAUCUGCCAGAGCAUCUUUUGGAGAUCAAAAGGCAGAACUUUGCAAUUCAUUCUACCAUGGACCCAGCUAUGAUGUGUAUAAUCCGUGCUAUAUGUAUCAGCACCUUUCACCUGAUUUAAGUAGGCGCUUUCCUCCUCAUUUUGAAACAACAAAAAAGUAUGGAUCUGUUUGUGAUUUAAGGACCAGUAAACUUCCUGGUUCCCCUGGGCUAAGCAAAUCUAUGUUUGAUCUUACAACAUCACCUCAACGAUUCAUCCAGAGACAUGACUCAUUGUCCAGUGUGCCUAGUAGUUCUUCUUCAAGGAAAAAUUCUCAGGGCAGCAACAGAAGUCUGGAUACAAUUACCCUAUCAGGAGAUGAAAGAGACUUGGGGAGAUUGAAUGUGAAACUGUUUUAUAAUUCUUCAGCAGAGCAGAUCUGGAUCACAGUUUUACAGUGCAGAGAUAUAAUUUGGCCCUCUAGUUGUGGAGAUACUCCCACAAUUUCUAUAAAAGGAAUUUUAACUUUGUCCAAACCAGUGCAUUUCAAAUCUUCAGCAAAAGAAGGUUCCAAUGCUAUUGAAUUUAUGGAAACUUUUGUAUUUGCUAUUAAACUACAAAAUCUACAAACUGUGAGGCUUGUAUUUAAGAUUCAAACCCAGACUCCCAGGAAGAAAACCAUUGGAGAAUGUUCUCUGUCACUCAGAACUCUCAGUACACAGGAAAUGGAUUACUCUUUGGAAAUAAUACCACCUUCAAAAAUUUCUGUUUGCCAUUCGGAACUUGAACUGGGCACUUGUUUUCAAGCAGUAAAUAGCAGGAUUCAGCUGCAAAUUCUUGAGGCACAGUACCUUCCAAGUUCAUCAACACCUCUGACUUUAAGUUUUUUUGUGAAGGUGGGAAUGUUUAGCUCAGGAGAGCUGAUUUAUAAAAAGAAGACACGCUUAUUGAAGGCAUCCAGUGGAAGAGUAAAAUGGGGAGAAACUAUGAUUUUUCCACUUACACAGACUGAAAAAGAAAUUCUUUUCCUCAUUAAACUUUACAGUCGAAGUUCUGUAAGAAGAAAACAUUUUGUAGGCCAGCUCUGGAUAAGUGAAGACAGUAAUAAUGUUGAAGCAGUGGACCAAUGGAAAGAGACAAUUACAAAUCCAGAAAAGGUUGUUAUCAAGUGGCACAAGUUAAUUCCAUCUUGAAGACUUGAGGCAUUAAUUUAGUGAAGAAACAACUUGACAGUCUUUUAGAAGAAACAUAAUUUCAGUUUUCUAAAGAUUGUAAUACAUUCUAUUAGAUAUACAAAAUGAAUGAAACGUUUUAAAAUGGUGCCAAAACAGAUGAUAAAAUAAAAUGUACUUUAUUAGGCCAACUAAA